GCGGGAGGCGGGGCUGAGCCGGGAUCCCCUCUGCUCCCCCGGAUAAGGGCUCUGAGCUACUGCCCCCCCCGGGGUUAUAACCCGCAGUGAGGAGUAAGGAUGGCGAGCACCCUGAUAGCGGCCGGACUGACCAUCGCUGUUGCAGGAUUUGCGGGUCGCUAUGCCGUGCAAGCCAUGAAGCAGAUGGAGCCGCAAGUGAAACAAGCUCUCCAGACCCUGCCAAAAACGGCCUUCGGUGGUUAUUAUAAAGGCGGAUUUGAUCCCAAGAUGACCAAACGAGAAGCUUCAUUAGUAUUGGGAAUCAGCCCCACUGCCAACAAAACAAAGAUAAGGGAAGCUCACCGGCGGAUCAUGCUGCUUAACCAUCCAGAUAAAGGCGGAUCUCCCUACCUGGCGGCCAAGAUUAAUGAAGCAAAAGAUCUAUUGGAAGGCCAAGCAAAACGAUAAAAUGUUCUCUGUGCAACCACUGGAAAUGUUACUUUUUAUUCUCUUCUGUGAUUUUGGUUUAGAAAUUACUGCUCACAAUAAAUUCAACUACAAUUUCUAUGA